CGCCCCCGUCUCCGCCCCCGUCCCACCCUUUCUGCACCUCCUGCCCGUGUGUGUGGCGGCGCGCUCACCACACCCUGCUCCGUCCCAAACGCGAGUUUUUCCGCCUGGCCGUUUUUCGUGAUCAGGUCAGAGCAUCUUCUCGGUUGUCUUAGCCUCGGUCGCUGCAACAUCCUUGACCGCUUCCCUCCCUGCUUUCUUUCAGACGUCCUCCCUCUCCACCCCGCUCUGGAAAUCUGUGUACGAUGCCAGUAACCCGCUCAAAAUCUCUGGGCAACACCAGUGCCUUGACCUCUCAGCUCGGCAUUGUUCGUCUGCUGGAAGUCAUCUUCACAUGUGUUACCUUCAGCCUGGUGGUCCACAGGAAUGCCUGGUAUGGUCGCAAUGGUGACUGGUGCAUGUUCUCAUGGUGUGUUUGCUUCGCUGUCACUAUCAUCAUCUUGGUGGUGGAGUUUGCUGGCCUUCAACACCGCAUGCCCGUCUCCUGGAAGAACUUCCCCAUUACUUUUGCCAUGUAUGCCACCUUGCUGUGCCUCUCGGCUUCCAUCAUCUACCCAGUAACCUUCAUUCAGAACCAGAACCUAAGCCGUGAGGAGCGUGGAUAUCGCAUUUCUGCCACUGUGUUCUCUUGCCUUUCCUUCUUGGCUUACUGCAUAGAAGUCGCCAUAACCAAAGCCAAACCAGGAGAGGUCACCGGCUACAUGGCCACUGUCCCUGGACUCCUCAAGGUGGUGGAGACCUUUAUUGCCUGCAUAAUCUUUGUUUUCAUCAGUGACCCAAUUUCCUACGACCAAGCAGAAGCUACUAAGUGGUGCAUGGCUGUCUACUGCAUCUGCUUCAUCCUCUCCCUGGUGGUCAUCAUCCUCUGCAUUGGUGAAUGCACCGGCUGGCUGCCGUGUCCCUUCAACAAGUUCCUCAGUGGCUAUACGCUCUUGGCUGUGCUUAUGUAUGUGACAGCCACCAUCAUCUGGCCCAUCUAUAAGUUUGAUAGGAAACAUAAUGGAAAUCCAUCUCGACCUUCCUAUUGUAGAAAUACCACACUCUGUCCCUGGGACAAGCUUGUUGUCAUAGCUGUCCUGACAGCUGUCAACCUCCUGGUUUACCUUGCUGAUCUGGUGUAUUCCACACGGCUGAUAUUCAUCCAAGGGUAGAUGGUUGUCAGUGGCGACGUGAGUCAGGUCAAGAGGGAGGGAGGAUGUAGAAAGAUGGGGAAUGAGAACAAGGGGAAAGAAAUGGCAUCUUUUCUUUAUUGCCUUUCCCUCUUCUUUUUUCAUGCUCUCCCCCUCUUUUUUAAAAACGUUUGUCCUUUCCACUCCUUUCUAUUUCCACACUUAUUUUUUAAUCAUUUUUACAUUCCUCCUUCCCAGUUAACCUUGUCCUUCUCUUUUUUGUGCCAUCUUGCAUUCUUCACUUGUUGCACUCUCGUUCUUUCCUCUGCCCCUCCCCCUUCCAUUUUGCACAAGUGUUCUUUCCUCUUGUGUCUUCCUCCGUGUUUCUUUCAAAGCCUUUUGCACACUUGCUCUUUGCUCUCUCUGUACAUUCACAAGGGCUUAGCUAGCUAAGAGCUUCAACAUUCAGGGCAUGAGAGUGGUGCUGUAUUUUUUUAAAAAAAUGGUGGUAGUGGAGGUGCAAAUGCCAGCAGGAAGAUAAGUGCACAGGGGGCACUGUCCUUGAAUGAAGGAGAACACCACAGUCCUCCUAUGUGUUAUACCCUUGGAUGUUCUCAUUUGAACAUACCCGUUCCUGAAGUCUCCCUGCACAUCUCUUGCUUACAGACAUCCCUUUCUCUUCCGUUGCAUGUACGGCCAUGUUAUCCACCACCUUCAUGACUGCUCUCUGUCCAGGUUGCCAUCUUGUUGCAUUUCUGAUAGUUGUUUGGGGGGUUGUAUUUGUGGGGAGAGAGGUCCCUGGCUUAUUCAAAUGUGUGUAUCAGCAGUCACCACCAAGCCAGCUUCUUUGCAAAGGGCAGGGGACCUGUUUUGGGCUGAGAGGGCAUAGUAAGUGUCAGAGCCUUGAGAGGACAGACCUCUGCUUGCCAAAAAGAAGAGUUGGAAGAACUCCCCUUUAAUAAACAUAUUUGCCUGGCAGUUUUUUUAAAAAGCUACCGAAAAAAAACUUUCGAUAAGAGCCUUAAAGGCAAUGAGUUUAUUUUCUCACUUUGCAAAUAAACAAAAACAGCGAUGUCAUUUUGGGGCUUUACUGAAUGUAUUUCUUGGUUGUUCACAAAUGCACUUGCCUAAAACACGCUUGUUGGUAUCUCCGAAACAAUGAGGCAGUUUGCUACAUGUGGCUCCCAUUGGAAUGAAUGGGGGCUGUGCAGAAGCUGUGCUGCAUGGGUAGUUCUCCCUGAGUGUCCUUUGCUGCCUUAGUGGAGAAUUUAUUCUGUGGUUUUAAGUAGAGGACACCAUUCAAAAUAUUGAUGUAUGGGGAGUAUAAAUGCCUGUAUGUUUGGUGAGAGAUCAAAGGCAAUGUGUUCACGUCUGGCUAACAGGUUUCAGUGAAAGAAAGCAAUACAGUUCUCAAAAAUAUUUGUGUGGGAGCUGUUGACCAUUACAGUACCUUGAAUCUGAAAAGGGAGUUCACUCUUCUGCAUUCAGAAGUAGCCUCCAAUUUGCCUUUGGUAAAAUAAGCAGUAUUUUCUUGGAGGUUAAAAGCAAAAGGACUGUUUUUUUGGGGGGGGGGCUUAAAGCCAAUGAUAACAGCA